GCUUUUCCUUUCUCGGUGGAGUUUGCAAGUACGAGCGGGUGGAGAACGGGCGUCCAUUUUGCUUCGCCAUAUUGAAUUUGGUCGGACAUCUUUGGACGCCAUGUUUAGUCGGACAUAUUUUAUAAACAUUUUCGCGUAAAUUUCAAAUAUUUUUGAGCCUAAAUAUCGAACUUUUUUUCACUGAAAACUGUGGCACUAGUUGCGGUAAAUAUUACGUUGGAAAAUUCCGUGCCAACGCAUCUCUCCAUUUUUGUCUCCUGGGGGCUGUCGGUGCUUUUGUUACUGGAUAAAUACAGGUGACACGUCAAAAUGAUGAAUCAGGAGAUCAUGUGCGAGGUGGAGAUAGGGACGCACGGGUCUAUGGUCGAGAUUGAGGGCGAUGACCAAGUCGGAGUCAAGUACGAAGAGAUAGAGGCUGGCCAGUAUGAGGAGUACAUCACAGACGAUCAGUAUGAGGAGGUGGAAGAGCAAGUCAUCGGGAUGCAGCACCUCGAGGAAGACUAUAAAAUUUCAGUGGGCAGCGAGGAGGUGAUACUGCCCGGUAUCUCCGGCGAGGAGGUGUUGAAUGCGAGCACAGACUCGCACUACGAUCCGUUAUAUACCGUGCCGCCUUCUACUAGCAGUUUGCCUGAUUGUUCCAGCAGAGGGCGUGGCAGGCCUCGGUCAAAUGUGAACAAUAACGCCAAUAAUAUACAGCAUUUAAUGCCUAUCGGCGAAGUCCCAGUAGGUCUAAUGGACGGAGUGGCAGGCCGCGGGCCGGCGCGGCGAUGGGAACAGAAGCAGGUUCAGAUCAAGACGAUGGAGGGAGAGUUCUCAGUCACCAUGUGGGCCACUGGCGAGGAUGAUGAUGAUGGUUCGAACCCGGAGCCGGACCCCGACUACACAGAGUACAUGACCGGCAAGAAGAGUAUAUUAGGAAGUGAAUCCAUGCCAGGUUUAGACCUGUCAGACCCGAAACAGCUGGCGGAGUUCGCGCGGCCCGGACACAAGAUACGACUAAAGAAACCCAUGCCGGAGUCGUCUGAUAGAACUAUCGCGUGCCCCCACAAAGGCUGCACGAAGAUGUUCCGAGACAACUCGGCCAUGAGGAAACAUCUACACACGCACGGGCCCAGGGUACACGUCUGUGCUGAAUGUGGCAAAGCCUUCGUAGAAAGUUCAAAGUUAAAACGCCACCAACUAGUCCACACCGGCGAGAAACCGUUCCAGUGCACGUUCGAGGGUUGCGGGAAGAGGUUCUCAUUAGAUUUUAACUUAAGAACGCACGUCCGCAUCCACACGGGCGACCGUCCGUACGUGUGUCCGUUCGACGGCUGCAACAAGAAGUUCGCGCAGAGCACCAACCUCAAGUCCCACAUACUUACACACGCCAAGGCCAAAUCAAGAAACUCAUUAUCACGCAACGGUGGUAACUCCUACGAGUCAGCGCGGACGACGCCGCAAUAUGUCCAAUUAGAAAUGUCUCCGGACGAUUCCAACCCACAGCUGAUCUUCUACACCCAUGAAUAAAGCAAGAAAGUCAGUGAAACAAGACUUAUGAAUUGUGAUUGCAAGACUUUUUAAUAGUGACGUAAAAUCGCGCAAAAAUAUCAAAAACAAUGUGUUAAAGUGAUAACCUAAGUGAUUCAAGUUCGAAUAGUUAUUCAAUUAUGAAUUUUUUAAUAGUGAUUUAUAUUCAAGGACGCUUACUAAGCGACGAAGCAAGACGUUUUGAAAAUUUGAAGAAUUUUUGAAUAAUGCAAGACUGUGGAACAGACUUGCAUAGUGAUCGAGUUAAGUGUAUCUUUUAAUUUUUUUUCUAUAUUUUAGUAAGCUUUGGAACAGACCAAAGGAAUUUUACGUUUAAAAAAAAAGUAAUUUUAGUUUGACACUGCUGUUUUUCAGUACUGUUUACUAACAAAAUUAUAUUAUUGGCACAUUUUUUUGUUUUUGCACCAUUUGCUUUGCUUAAAUUAACUGAAACUUCAGCUUAUUUUGUUUAACAAUAAUGUACUCUGAAAUCAAAGAAGUUCUAAUACCACUCGUAAUUGUUCGAGUUAACUCGACUAAUUUCGAGCCGUACCAGACCCCUUAACAGCGAUAUGCAAUGUGAUCAAAAAACAACAUUAAAUAAAUUCACUUUAUUUUUAAACAUGUAAGCUGAGAAUAAUGCAAUAAAAUCAAUAUAUGUUUAUAUCUAAAAAACAAUUUAUAUUUGAUUUUUAUUUUUAGUCUAUUAUGACUGGCGUGAAUAAGUUACCUUUUGAAAUACAACCUCUUUUUUUAAACAUGUUGGAUUUUUAAUAGAAUUAUCGCUGUAAUGCUAAACUCCAUACUAUAUAACUGAGAAUAUAAAAUAUCUAGUCCCAAAAUACACUUACAAAAAAAGGGAACUGCCUACUUUUAAAGUCUGAGCCUCCAUUUUUAAGUCUGUUAUAUACCCAAAACUUUACAAGUCUGAAAAAUACUAUGCUGAAAACUGCAUCAGCUAAAUGCGAGAUAAUCGCGCACAAACAAACAUACAUACAGGUCAAACUGAGAACUUACAUUUUAUUUGAAAUCGGUUAAAAAAGAGGUUGUACUUUGAACGGUAAAAGGGAUUUGUAAAUUUUGUACCAUAUAAAUGCCAAAAAAUAUUGUAAUAUAAUUUGUUUUUAUUAAGUUGAGGGUUAUUCGUAUGGUCUUACUAUCACAUAUUGACUUCCAUAGUAAAUUAAGGUUUUAGGCAUGGAUGAUUCUUUAUUUUUAACAAUGGGUGAUAAAAUAUAGUUUGCUAUUGUUUAAAAAUAGGCUGCUAAUGUUUCUAAAUUCAAUUCGAAUAGGGAUGAUGACGGGGUAUGAAAAUUAAAAACCUAUUUUUAGUCCAUCAGUUAAGUAAUGAACAAAUAUUAGACACAUAUUUUUUAUUUUAUAAGAUAAAAAGAAUACAUGGGUAAAACAAAUCAAAGUUUAGGAGUGGGAGCAAAUACGUCAAUUCUAAGUAUAAAACGUAUAAUAUCUAGAAGUGUUGUUAAGCGAUAUUUCAAACCAAUAUAAUAAUAUAUUUAAAAGUAUUUCUUUUUUUUUAAAUGGGCCGACGUUUGGCCGCUAUCUCGCCUGAUGGUAAGUGAUGAUGCGGCCUACGAUGGAGCACGUCUGCCCAUAAGCAACCUAUUCACUCGGGCUUUGAAGACACCCAGGUUAUAUCCAUCAGGAAACACAGACUCCGGCAAGGAGUUCCACUCCCUAGCAGUUCACACAAGGAAGCUUGAAGCGAAUCGCUUCGUACGUGUGGGUGGGAUAUCCACCUUGAAACGGUGACGCCUCGCCGAUUGUCUUGUGGUUCGAUGAUGGAAAGGACUAGGAGGAAUCAAGUUGUGCAAUUCCGUGACAAAAUAAAAAAUAUGUGUCUAAUGUUUUAAAAUUAUCUACACAAGACGGACAUUAAAAUAAAUAAUAAUUAGUCAUCUACCCUAUUAUAAAAGUUAAGGCUAACAAUACAGUGAUAAUGAAACCAAUAAAUUCAAAGAUCAUGAGAAUUAAAAAGGUGUAUGUAAGAUUUAGCAUUUGGUGGUCCAUUGUCUCUGCCCCAUGGGAGACAGGCGUAUAACUAAAAUAAUAUGUCUAUUUUGAAAAUGAAAAGUUCUAGUAUGACUUGUAGCAGUUUUAUGAAAUACUUUUAUGAGUACCGAACCUCAAUCAUACGAAUUACCCUCUUAUAUGUGUGUGCUUGCAAAAAUAUUCAUAGCUAUUUUGUUCUAUCAUUCAGAAACAAACAAUUUACAACCUUAAAAUACUUACAAUACAGUUAAUUCUUGUAUAAAAUAAAAUUCAUACUAUGAGCCUCUAAAAUAUAAAAUAUUUUUGCAACCACACAACAGAGUUUAAUUUUUAGUUAUUUUUUAAGUUUAGAGAUAUGAAUCGACGCUUCCUUUAACAGAAGAUGUAUUUAAGCAGUUUAUAUUAACCGACAAGACCAUAAACGCAUGUGGCGCCACCUAGACAACGCAAAAAUAUAGUAACUUUACUGGAACAAACAACUUACUGUGUAUAAUUUUAAAGUGUAUUUUUAAUUAGUUAUGGAACUGAUUGAAUACAUAUUCUGUCCUCGUUGAUAGUGUAUAUUUAAGGAUUUUUCUAAAAUGACUGAUGCGAACUGUAUAUAUGAUUAUUUUCAAGUUUCCAAUGAUGUCUUGCUGUAUUUGACUGGCAAAUGUUAUUUUUAGUCAUAAUUAGAUUAAUUCUUAUGUCAUAUUGUAAUGUAGUCAAUUUCAAGUGAUCUUUUGGUUUAGUAUUUUAUUGUAUUAUUUUAAUUUUGAAGUUAGUGAGCUGUAUUAUUCUGUAGCCUUAGUUUGCUUUAUGUUGAACGAAAACGAAAUGAGAGCGUCUUCGGCGCUCUGAUUGAUUCGCGCCAGCCAAUCAGAGCGCUGAACGCAGUAACAUUUCCAUGUCGUAAAAUAAAACCCAUAAUUCCUUUUUUCUUUUAUACCAACAAAUUGUUAACAGAUUCUUUUAUUUAUGUUCUAUGGCAUUUCAUAAUUUGUUUAUGUAUUAACUACCAUACUCAGAGACAUUAAAUGUUUACUUAAACUAUUCUUUAGUAAUGAUUUUGUAAUUGCUGCAAUCAUUAAUGACUCUGAGUAUGGCAAUAACAUUAGUUAUUCAUUUCCUCUGUUCUUCAUAAAUCUUACUAUAUAAGUUGUUCUAAAAUUAUCUGUUAAAUAUAUUUUUUUCAUGCAAAUAUUCUCACUGAUUUUGAAAUUCUUUUUUAUUAAUAAAAGUUGAAUACAGCAGCAUAUUGGUGUUCUCCAUUGAUGAGAAAAACGAAUAAAAUGUAAAUAUUUAUAUA